GUACCCACGCGGCAAGCUCAUCAGCGCUUCUCGAUCCAGGACAGAAGAGCCCCGCCAGCCCCCUGCCAUAACAAGGAUCGCUGGUGGCUAUAUCAGGUUGUCACCGCCAUCAUCCCCCUCGGUCGACCUGUCGAAUAAUGAGAUCACCUUUACCUACAUUCAAAAUGGCCGACCCACUGAGCAUCUCCGCCUCGAUUCUUGGUGUUGUCACAGCUGCUAUCGUGACGACAAGGUCCCUGAAGGAGACUGUUCAGCGCUUCAGGGACCGCGACAGGAGCCUGCGAAGGCUUGUGGAGCAGCUCACUGACCUCAUCACUGUUUUGGACGCACUGCAGGAGGUAGCGCAUGUCGAAGCAUCAAUGCUUACACUUCUGGAAGGACCCGUCGACCGUUGCCGUCAACUGUGUCACGAAUUUCAAGAUGCCAUGGAGGAUUUCAAGGGGAAAUCAAGUAUGGGCUUUCGAGACUGGACAAAGAUGGAGUUCAUGAAGGGUGACAUCAACGAAUUCAUGGACACUCUCUCGGGAUAUAAGUCGACGAUUUCAGUCGGACUUGGUACCAUCACAUUACAAAUGUCCAAAGCCACCCAAGACGUCCUUGAGCGGUAUAGCGAGAUGGUUCAAGAUACUUCUUACGACCUUAAGAUUCAUCUGCAACGGAUUGACGAGAAGAUGGCACUCUUCACCUCUGAAAUUCCAGGCGCCUCCAACAUCGACCUCAAGGACGAGCGAGCAGUGACCGCGCAUUGCAUUCGCAUUUGCGAGGACGCUCAAUCCUACCUUGACUCUUUGGUUGACCAAAAACGACCAUCACGUCUUCAGACACCACCAGCGCAUCCUGCCACGGCUGAGCCUACGAGUUUCGAAGCACAUCGGGAGACACACAAGGUCCUGAGCGAUAAUCGCAAUAACGUCGCCGAGCACCUCGGCCGUCUUCGGGAGCGCUAUGACCGUCUGGUAUCCGAUGGGAAGGCUGCCAGCGACCGUGAGACGAGUCGUUUAGAACAGGACAUCAAGGCUUUGAAGGAGUGUUUGGAGGUGUGCGAACUUGCUUCUGGGGAGGUAUCCCGUCAGAGGAUACACACGAUUGGCGAGGUUGUUGCCGAUGGCGACAGCGAUCAGGUCGUGGUCACAACCUUGGCCGACGUUUUUGAUGUCAAGAAAGCGCUUUCGAAGGGUAGGUCGGCGCAAUUGAUCGGUUCCAUGACGGAUGAAUCACUUCGCCAACUGUCGCAAGACCGAUAUGGGAGUCGUUUUGGAUCGUCGGCGCGGGUUGAAACCGAUGUUGCCACACAUGCUAUAGUCGAAAAUCCAGGGACUAAUCGCCAGAGGCAGGCAACUCUCGACGGCCAGCGACGGGAACUAAGCUCAAGAGCGAGGGCAUACCCUAAUGAGGUGAGGAAAAGGGCGACGGAAGGAGAUAAGAAGGAUGCCGAGUAGUGUCGUGAAGCUAGCUCUUGAUAGCAAUGUCAUCGAUACACAUG